AUGUGUGGGAUAUUGGGUAUUGUAUUAGCCAACAAACAAGUCAAUGUUGCGCCAGAAUUAUUUGAAGGUGCCAUGUUUCUUCAGCAUCGUGGACAAGAUGCCGCAGGUAUAGUUACUCUGGGUAAUAAAGGAAGAUUGUACCAGUGUAAAGGAAAUGGUAUGGCCAGAGAUGUGUUUACACAGAAAAGGAUGCUGAAUUUAGUUGGAAAUAUGGGUAUUUGCCAUUUGCGUUAUCCUACUGCGGGGUCGAGUGCCAGUUCCGAAGCACAACCGUUUUAUGUCAACAGUCCCUAUGGUAUAUCAUUGAGUCACAAUGGUAAUUUGGUUAAUUCCAGCGAGUUGAGGAACUAUUUGGACGAGGAGGUUCAUCGUCACAUCAACACCGAUUCUGAUUCUGAACUAUUACUAAAUGUUUUUGCUGCUGAAUUAGACAAAUUCAAUAAAAGUAGAGUUAACAAUGGCGAUUUGUUUACUGCCUUGGCCAAGACUAUGGGAAGAAUCAGAGGUGCUUAUGCUUGUGUUGCCAUGUUGGCCGGAUAUGGUAUUAUUGGGUUUAGAGACCCCAAUGGUAUUAGACCUUUGUUAAUUGGGGAAAGAGUAAAUCAAGAUGAAACAAAAGAUUUUAUGUUAGCCUCUGAAUCAGUUGUUUUGAAGGCACAUGGUUUCAAAAAAUUCCGUGAUUUGAAACCUGGUGAAGCUGUGAUUAUAAAGAAAACUGGUGAACCUGAGUUUAACCAAGCUGUCAGCCCCAAAAUUUUUGCGCCAGAUAUUUUUGAGUAUGUUUAUUUCGCCAGGCCAGAUUCUGUAUUAGAUGGCAAAUCCGUAUAUCGAUCAAGAAUCGAAAUGGGUAUGAAGUUGGCCAAAAAGAUUCAAAAAACCAUGCAAGGUGAAGAUGAGAUUGAUGUUGUGAUACCAGUGCCCGAUACAGCGAGGACAAGUGCCUUUCAAUGUUCAGUGUCUCUUGGUGUUCCAUAUAGAGAAGGAUUUGUUAAGAAUAGAUACAUUGGAAGGACGUUUAUUAUGCCGAAUCAACAAGAACGAAGAUCAUCAGUGCGCAGGAAAUUGAAUGCCAUGGACUCAGAAUUUGAGGGAAGAAAUGUUUUGUUGGUUGAUGAUUCUAUAGUUAGAGGUACCACUUCAAAAGAGAUUGUGGCAAUGGCCAGAGAAGCGGGAGCCAAAAAGGUGUUUUUUGCCUCAUGCUCGCCACCAAUUAGAUUCAAUCACAUUUAUGGUAUCGACUUAGCCGACACCAAAGCCCUUGUUGGAUUCAAUAGAUCCGUAGAGGAAAUUUCACAAAUUAUUGGAGCAGAUAAAGUGAUAUAUCAAGAUUUAGAAGACCUCGUUGAAUGUUGUAAAACUGGACAGGUUGACGAAUUCGAAGUUGGCGUUUUUACUGGGAAUUACAUUACGGGUGUUGAAGAUGAUUAUAUCCAAGAGUUGGAAAAGAUUAGAGCUCAAAAUCAAAGAAUAGAGGAAUUUCAAAAAAGCGGUGGUCAGAAUGGGUUUAGUGUUGACGCAUGUAUCGAUCAAGGUGAUUUGAUCGAUGUUAAAGCAGAUGUUGAUAUUAGUAUUUAUAAUGGAGGCGACCAUUGA